AUGACCCUAUUCAAAUCUCAAGAUCUUUGGGAUUUGGUAGAACAAGGCUACACAUAUCCUGAUGAAGAAACAAGCUUGAAGAAGAAUACGAAGAAAGAUUUGAAGGCGUUGGUGAUUAUUCUGCAGGCUGUUCAUGACAACAUCUUCUCACAAAUUGCAGCGGCAACCACAUCGAAGCAAGCUUGGUCAACUCUGCAGAAAGAGUUUCAAGGUGACUCCAAAUUUAUCGUGGUGAAAUUGCAAUCACUACGGCGUGACUUUGAAACCUUGUACAUGAAGAAUGGAGAAUCAAUUGCUGAUUUUUUGUCUCGGGUCAUGACAAUUAUUAGUCAAAUGCGAUCGUACGGCGAGAAGAUUUCUGAUGAAACGGUUGUUGCAAAGGUAUUGAGAAGCUUGACUCUAAAGUUUGAUCACGUUGUUGCUACCAUAGAAGAAUCUAAGGAUUUGUCAGUUUUUUCCUUUGAUGAACUGAUGGGGUCCUUGCAAGCACAUGAGACAAGAAUUAAUCGAUCACUUGCAAAGAAUGAAGAAAAGGCAUUUCAAGUGAAGGACAUAGUCACCAAAGCUGUAGAAGGUGACAGUUUGACAAGCAGAGGUCGUGGAAGAGGAGGAUUUCGUGGUCGUGGUCGUGGUCGUGGUAACGGAAGAGGCAGAGGUCGUUUCGACUGGCAACGGCAGUCCGGUGAGCAAAGAAACAACAAGAAUGGUGCUCAAUGCUAUCAUUGUAAGAGGUAUGGUAAUAUAAAAGCUGAUUGUUGGUACAAAGAUCAGCAAGUGAAUUAUGCAACCGAAAAUGGAGAAGAAAGUAGUAAGCAUUUUAUGACUCAUUUUGAUCCUAACAAUAUGUCAAGCGAUGUGUGGUUCGUAGACAGCGGCUAUUCGAAUCAUAUGACAGGGAUGAAAUCCUUGUUCAAAGAGCUUGAUGAGACGUAG